UAUCCCCCCCCCCCCACCGUCCCCACCGCCCCCCACCUUUUUUUUAUUUAUUUCGGAGUCUUAUUAAUUUCUCUGUGGGGCUGCAGCUGGAGACCGCGGAGCGUUGGAAAUGACGCUCGGAGCUUUAAUUACCGCAGCCGCUGGACAAGUGUGAGGAAAGCUGACAGGAACAAGGACAGGAUCGGGGGAGACGCCAGCAGCUCCCCCCGCCUCCCGAUUUGGACUGGAGGUGCAAGGAAACUGAAAAGGGAGCCGAACAUAGCCCGGCUUGGGGGGGGAGAGGCCGGAAACCUACCGCCUCUUUGCAAUCAACUUUUUUUGGAAACCUUUCUCUCCCCUUCCUUUUUAUUGUUGACCAACCAGUGAGAGAGAGAAAGUGAAGAGAGAGCGAGAGCGCGAAGCUCCCACGGGGAAAAUAGCUGCACAGUCCGCCCGGAGCAGCCCGCGCCACCCGGGAGCGCUCCCCGGCGCGCUCCGCGACGCCCACUCCUCUACGGCCGGCCCGGCCCUGGGCCCGCGGGCGCGGACUCGGUCGCCCGCGCUGGGGAGCCGCUGGACCGCGCGCGCCGCGCCCGCCCCCUCGCGCCCCCACUCGCGUCGGACUGGGGGAAUCUCCUCCGCGUGCCCGAAAGGGGCUAUGCCAGUUGGACAUGUAAUUGUCAGCACGGGACCUGAGACUUCCAAAAAAUGAAGCUGGCGACAGGACUGUGGGUCUGGGUGAGCCUUCUCGUGGCGGCGGGGACCGUCCAGCCCGGCGCUUCUCAGUCAGGUUCCAAUUGAAUUUUAAAAAGUCUCAUUUCAACACAAACAAGGAAAGUCAUCAAGUUUCACCAUCUUUUUGGAAGAAAAAUAUUUAUGAAGUACCCACUAUGCUGUGUAUUGAGUCUGUGUCACCAUGUAAAGACAAUACAAUGGACCAAUUAGUCUGUGUGUGCAGGCACAGAAAAUAAACUGAGCUCUCUCUCAGACCUGGAACAGCAGUACCGAGCCUUGCGCAAGUACUAUGAAAACUGUGAGGUGGUCAUGGGCAACCUGGAGAUAACCAGCAUUGAGCACAACCGGGACCUGUCCUUCCUGCGGUCUAUUCGAGAAGUCACAGGCUAUGUAUUAGUGGCUCUGAACCAGUUCCGUUACCUGCCUCUGGAGAAUUUGCGCAUUAUUCGUGGGACAAAACUUUAUGAGGAUCGAUAUGCUUUGGCAAUAUUUCUAAACUACAGAAAAGAUGGAAACUUUGGACUUCAGGAACUUGGAUUAAAGAACUUGACAGAAAUCCUGAAUGGGGGUGUCUAUGUGGACCAGAACAAAUUCCUUUGUUAUGCAGACACAAUUCAUUGGCAAGACAUUGUUCGGAAUCCAUGGCCUUCGAAUUUGACUCUGGUGUCAACAAAUGGUAGCUCAGGAUGUGGGCGUUGCCAUAAGUCCUGUACUGGCCGAUGCUGGGGACCUACAGAAAAUCAUUGCCAGACUUUGACAAGGACAGUGUGUGCGGAACAAUGUGAUGGCAGGUGCUACGGGCCCUACGUCAGUGACUGCUGUCAUCGAGAAUGUGCAGGGGGCUGCUCAGGACCUAAGGACACCGAUUGCUUUGCCUGCAUGAAUUUCAAUGACAGUGGAGCAUGUGUUACUCAGUGUCCCCAAACCUUUGUCUACAAUCCAACCACUUUUCAGUUGGAGCACAACUUCAAUGCGAAGUACACCUAUGGCGCGUUCUGUGUCAAGAAAUGCCCACAUAAUUUUGUGGUAGAUUCCAGUUCUUGUGUACGUGCCUGCCCUAGUUCCAAGAUGGAAGUAGAAGAAAAUGGAAUUAAGAUGUGCAAACCUUGUACUGACAUUUGCCCAAAAGCUUGUGAUGGUAUUGGCACAGGAUCGUUGAUGUCAGCCCAGACUGUGGAUUCCAGUAACAUUGACAAAUUCAUAAACUGCACCAAGAUCAAUGGGAAUUUGAUUUUCCUUGUCACUGGUAUUCAUGGGGAUCCAUACAAUGCAAUUGAAGCUAUAGACCCAGAGAAACUGAAUGUCUUUCGGACAGUCAGAGAGAUAACAGGUUUUUUGAACAUACAAUCAUGGCCCCCAAACAUGACUGACUUCAGUGUUUUUUCCAACCUGGUCACCAUUGGUGGGAGAGUACUCUAUAGUGGCCUCUCCUUGCUUAUCCUCAAGCAACAAGGCAUCACCUCUCUGCAGUUCCAGUCGCUAAAGGAAAUCAGUGCAGGAAACAUCUAUAUCACGGACAACAGCAACCUGUGUUACUAUCAUACCAUUAACUGGACAACGCUCUUCAGCACGAUCAACCAACGAAUAGUGAUCCGGGACAAUAGGAAAGCUGAAAAUUGUACUGCUGAAGGAAUGGUGUGCAACCACCUGUGUUCAAAUGAUGGCUGCUGGGGACCUGGGCCGGACCAGUGCCUGUCAUGCCGCCGCUUUAGCAGAGGAAGGAUCUGCAUUGAGUCUUGUAACCUCUAUGAUGGCGAAUUUCGGGAGUUUGAGAAUGGCUCCAUCUGUGUGGAGUGUGACCCUCAAUGUGAGAAGAUGGAAGAUGGCCUCCUCACAUGCCACGGACCGGGACCUGACAACUGUACAAAGUGCUCUCAUUUUAAGGAUGGCCCAAACUGUGUGGAAAAAUGUCCAGAUGGCGUACAGGGGGCAAACAGUUUCAUUUUCAAGUAUGCUGAUCAGGAUCGGGAGUGCCACCCAUGCCACCCCAACUGCACCCAAGGGUGUAACGGUCCCACUAGUCAUGACUGCAUUUACUACCCAUGGACGGGCCAUUCCACUUUACCACAACAUGCUAGAACUCCCCUGAUUGCAGCUGGAGUCAUUGGUGGGCUUUUUAUCCUGGUCAUUGUGGGCCUGACAUUUGCAGUGUAUGUUAGAAGGAAGAGCAUCAAAAAGAAAAGAGCCUUGAGAAGAUUCCUGGAAACAGAGUUGGUGGAGCCCUUGACUCCCAGUGGCACAGCACCUAAUCAAGCUCAACUUCGGAUUCUGAAAGAAACUGAGCUCAAGAGAGUGAAAGUCCUUGGCUCUGGUGCUUUUGGAACCGUUUAUAAAGGUAUUUGGGUACCUGAAGGAGAAACGGUGAAGAUUCCCGUGGCUAUUAAGAUUCUUAAUGAGACAACUGGUCCCAAGGCCAAUGUGGAGUUCAUGGAUGAAGCUCUGAUAAUGGCAAGUAUGGACCAUCCACACCUAGUCCGGUUACUAGGUGUGUGUCUGAGCCCAACCAUCCAGCUGGUUACCCAACUUAUGCCCCAUGGCUGCCUAUUGGAUUAUGUUCAUGAACACAAGGAUAACAUUGGCUCACAGCUGCUGCUUAACUGGUGUGUCCAGAUAGCUAAGGGAAUGAUGUACCUGGAAGAAAGACGGCUUGUUCAUCGGGAUUUGGCAGCCCGUAAUGUUUUAGUAAAAUCUCCAAACCAUGUGAAAAUCACAGAUUUUGGACUGGCCAGACUCUUGGAAGGAGAUGAAAAAGAGUAUAAUGCUGAUGGAGGAAAGAUGCCAAUCAAAUGGAUGGCUUUGGAGUGUAUACAUUAUAGGAAAUUCACCCACCAGAGUGACGUUUGGAGCUAUGGAGUAACUAUAUGGGAACUGAUGACCUUUGGAGGAAAACCCUAUGAUGGAAUUCCAACCCGAGAAAUUCCUGAUUUAUUAGAGAAAGGAGAACGUUUGCCUCAGCCUCCCAUCUGCACUAUCGAUGUUUACAUGGUCAUGGUCAAAUGUUGGAUGAUUGAUGCCGACAGUAGACCUAAAUUCAAGGAACUGGCUGCUGAAUUUUCAAGGAUGGCCCGAGACCCUCAAAGAUAUCUUGUUAUUCAGGGUGAUGAUCGCAUGAAGCUUCCCAGUCCAAAUGACAGCAAGUUCUUUCAGAACCUCUUGGAUGAAGAAGACUUAGAAGAUAUGAUGGAUGCUGAGGAGUAUCUGGUCCCUCAGGCUUUCAACAUCCCACCUCCCAUCUAUACUUCCAGAGCAAGAAUUGACUCAAAUAGGAGUGAAAUUGGACACAGCCCUCCUCCUGCCUACACCCCUAUGUCAGGAAACCAGUUUGUGUACCGAGAUGGGGGUUUCACUGCAGAACAAGGAGUUUCUGUGCCCUAUAGAGCCACGACCAGCACAAUCCCAGAAGCUCCAGUUGCUCAGGGUGCCACAGCUGAAAUUUUUGAUGAUUCCUGUUGUAACGGCACCCUACGCAAGCCGGUGGCACCCCAUAUCCAAGAGGACAGCAGCACCCAGAGGUACAGUGCUGACCCCACUGUGUUUGCCCCAGAACGGAGCCCACGAGGAGAACUGGAUGAAGAAGGUUACAUGACUCCUAUGAGAGACAAACCCAAACAAGAAUACCUGAAUCCUGUGGAAGAGAAUCCUUUUGUUUCUCGAAGAAAAAAUGGAGAACUUCAAGCUUUGGAUAAUCCUGAGUAUCACAAGGCUUCUAGUGGUCCACCCAAGGCAGAGGAUGAGUACGUGAAUGAGCCAUUGUACCUCAACACAUUUGCCAAUGCCUUGGGGAAUGCGGAGUACCUGAAGAACAACGUACUGUCUGUGCCAGAGAAGGCCAAGAAAGCAUUUGACAACCCUGACUACUGGAACCACAGCCUGCCGCCUCGGAGCACCCUUCAGCACCCAGACUACCUGCAGGAGUACAGCACAAAAUAUUUUUAUAAACAGAAUGGACGGAUCCGGCCCAUUGUGGCAGAGAAUCCUGAAUACCUCUCUGAGUUCUCACUGAAGCCAGGCACUGUGCUGCCUCCUCCACCCUACAGACACCGGAAUACUGUGGUAUAAGCUCAGCUGUGUAGUUUUGAAGUGGAGAGACAAGCCCACUCCAGUUUCCACACCCCCUCUCUUGCUCUGGUGUCCUUCCUCCUAUCCCUAAGGCCAGUAGUUCUGACACUUCCCCGUGGAAGACAUAGAGAUGCAAUGAUAGUUAUGCGCUUAUGUAACGUGAACAUUAGAAGGAAGGGCUGAAAGAGGAAGAUAGGUGGAACUUCACUGUUUCUUCAUUUCUCUGCAUGGGUUGGUAGCAGAAUGGAACAGCUAGAAAAGGACCCGAACAUGUGAGGCAGUACUGCCUGCUGCCAAACUAAUUCUCAGCUCUUUUUUUCUUUCUUUUAAUGUAGAGGGUUGAAACACCUGUACUAUCUGUUCCUAUCUGUAGGAACUGAUGUAUGCAUAAUCAACACCUCUGAAAUCAUAAUAAAGUUUCCAUCAGAUCAAAAGGAUAGCCCUUUCUAAUAUAACAUACACUAGUAACCGAGAUAGAGAAUCCUAUUUCUUUUGCCAACAGUCUCUAUCUUAGGAAGUAAGAAUGGCCAACCAGUUUUUAAGUCUCUAUCAAAGUUUGAAGCAGUAAUUAUGUUUUAAAGCCUAUUCUUUUAAUUUUGUUUUUGCUUUGACGUGGUCCUAAUAUUAGUUUCUUUCCUAUAUUUGCCUUUAAGUUCUAACUGCAAGGAUAUUUACAUCAAAGCUUUUUGACAGAAUUUAAGUAAGAGAUACUUAAUGUGGUGAAAUAGAUACUAUUUUAAAUAGACAGUCUUCAAAAUUAGGAGAGGAAACCAAGACAUUAAUCAAAUGAAACAAUAAAUCAAGAUUUCAUGUUUGACACUAUUGAAUAUAUCCUCCUCUCAUACUUUACAUUCUUCGACAUUUUCUUCUCCAUAAAGUGACAGUACUUGGUAGGCAGUUGGUAGUCUUAAGAGUACAAGGGAAACUAGAGACAGUUCUUUGUGGUUCAAGAAAACUACUGAAACUUUUAGGGGUGGUCCAAUGACGAAAUCCAUUGAACUGGAAGAAACACUGGAUUGGGUAUGUCUACCUGGAAGAUACUCAGAAACGUAGUUUGCACUUAAGCUAUAAUUUUAUUUGUUCUUUUUUCUGAACUCCAUUUUGGAUUUUGAAUGAAGCAAUAUGAAAGCAACCAGCAAAUUAACUAAUAUAAGUACAUUUUUUAAAAAGAGCUAAGAUAAAGGAAGAUAAUGAAAAUGCCAAACCAAGCAAAUUAGGACUUUGGACAGCAUCCAGGAAUUAUGGUGAGAGAGCCAGGACAUUAUCUACAUAUGAUAUCACAUUUUCUCCGCAAGGAAAUUUGUUCAGUUUGUAUGCUCCAUAUGAAGAGAUACAAGUAUUGGCUUGAAUUCCAUGGAAUUUCUAAUAUGAGACUCUAUAUUGAGUAGAAAGUAAUUCUUUGCACAUAAAUUGAUAUAAUAAAAACACAAACAUUUGUGAGUAUGGCGAGAUCCUUGGGUCAAAAGUUGUAAAUAAACAUAAAAAAUCUUCUCAUGUAAUUAUUUUAUUAUCCAACAUACUAUUUGAUACUUAAUAUAAUAACUCUUUCUUCACACACUGCAUUCUAUUUCUAGAACAAUCUUAAUUAUGUUUUCAUUUUGAAAGAAUGAUACAUGAUUAACCUACUUAACCUACUGAAUUAAGAUGAGUGCUAGGAACAGAUGACAGGGAUGAGUCUUCAGGAAAAAGAGGGCUCAAAUCCCUAAAUAGGAAAAUUAGAUGUGUCUCUCUUUUCUAAGAAAUUCUGCCCAAGUCGUUUAGAUUUUUGUUUAAAUAGCCCUUCCUAAUAUUUAAGCAUUGGUACCAAAAAGUUAGGGCCAAUAGCUUAAAAGAAAUCAGUUAGAAUAAAUAUCUUCAUCAGUAAAGCAGGCAGCAUUUAGACAAAAAAAAAAAAAGUAAAUCUAUGUUUCUGCUUAUUUUGGAAAAGUGAACGCAUACAUUCAUUCAUCCAAUCUCAUUUAUUUCACUUCUUUUCAUUUACCAUCUACCAAAAGUGCAGUAUUAUGUGUGCUAUGCCCGAUAAAUGGAAUAUUAUCCCUAACUUCAAACAGGAGGUUCAAAAUUUUACAGCCCAGGAUAUUUAUUGGGAAUGACAUCUUAAUUUUUUCAUGGAUUCGAGGAAUCAUAUUACAUGAACUAUUUUGUAAUAAACUAUCAUAAAUUCAGUUUCUUAGUGAGACAUCCCCUGUGAACUCAUUUGGAACAUGAAUUAAAAAUCCUUCAAAUUACUGAAAUUGACAAACAGGAUAGUUUUGAUGUUAUUAUCCAAACACAAGCUGGUCUAGAAAGAUAUUGCAUGCUAGCUAAUCAGCCUAUCUGGAUUCUAAUUUCAGCAUUAAAUCAACAGCAGAUGAUGGUCUUUGGCUUAGAACCUGGAAGUCUUUGGAGUUGAUCUCUUCUUAAAAUGUGAGAAGUGAAGCAAAUUGAGAGAGGGCAGUACAGCAGAAGACCAGGGACUGAGAUCCCUUCUAGUGCGGCUCUAACACAAACUCCCUAGGGCUAAAGAUGUGAAAUGAUUUGGGGACCACAAUCUUGUUGCUCAGAGCUCUCCCAUCCAUUAAGAGAGGUCUUCAUGGAAAUGGGACCUCAUGCAAGUACUUGUGAAGAAUUUAACAUAAGCCUCUUUACUAGAUAAAUCUGUACCAACUCAUCGUGACAACACCCUUUUCGUAUCCUAUACCUCGACAUUUCAUUCUGAUUUGCAAUAUUCCUGUGGUUUCUACUGGGAUAUAAAAAGCAGAAUCACUUAUUUUAGAGAAGGAAAGAAAAUGAACUUUUUAUUGUUAAAGUAAUAGGAAAUUCUUUCUCCCAAGAACACAAGACUCUUAUAUGUCAAGUAAUCUCCCAUUAAUACCUUGGGGUAGAUGCAAAUAUAAUUCAAAAUGACCAAAAAUUCUACACAAUAGCACCACUCUACUAUUCCUUUCAAGUGAUUUCUUUAGUAAAUAAUUUGUUUGAGCUGUUUAAGGGUUUCUUUGUCCCCUCACCCCCAGGAAAACAUAAUUGGAGUAUAUAAAAGGGAGACAGAAAGAACUUCAUCUGUUCUAGACAAUGACUGAUUUAAACCAAUAAAGACAAAAUGGCAGUGAAAGCCUGAAAAGUGUUUUGGAAUGUCAGAUUCCAAUGUCCAGUUGUAUCCAUGGAAAUAUGCAGAAUAAAUUAUGUAAAUUUAAGAAAAUUUUAUAUUAAAAUUACACUGGCCAAUUUCAUAAAUUACCAAGUGUGUUGAUUAUACAUGUCUUGGGAAAUCCUAUUUCCAUGUGUGGAAAAUCUUUAGAGUUAAAUGAUUGCAUAAAGUAGUUCUUAAACAGAUGAGACAAAGUAUCCUCUUAGACAGGUGAUAUCCAGAACCACAAAAUAUCAGUACCAUGGUGAGGUGUUUAGUCCACUGAGCAACUCUUUGUCUUCUGAAUAACAUUAGUAGCACAAAUUAGAAUAAGAUUCCUUUCUCCAGUAGUAUUCUUGAAAUAGCAUGAACAACAAUGCAGAAAGUCAAAUUCCGUGAAAUUUUACAAACUAAAAAUAGAUUCCUUUAUCAUAGCUCAUGAAGAAUGACUGAGCUAUCUGUAAUUUGAGAGAAGUAGAGUUCUAUUAAGUGUUAUAAUGUAUGUGUUAAAACCUUCUAAAGGAAGGGAAUGACAUGACAAUUGUGCAUAUUUCCUAUGCUAAGGAAAGAUCAGUAAAAAGACCAUCAGGUUCUGCUAGUAGAUAAAGGUGAAGGGAUGAUCAAUGUGCUUUUUGAAGUGUCAGAAUGAAAAGGAAAUUAAAAUUGUUUAAGCCUGACAAGAAAGAAUGUAUAUACAAGUUUUUCUAGAGCUACCUAACCUUUAUUUCAAAACUUAAAUUAUUCAUCCAUCUAUAAUUGUUAAUUAUUUAGCUAGUUUAUGUAGUUCAUAAGGUAAUAGAAAAAGUGAUCAUGAAAGCAUGUAUAUAUCUGGACAGAACCAUGAUAAUGCUGUAAGAUGUAGUUUUAGGUUUUCAGAUGUUAAAUGAUUUUGAUAUUAUUAAAUAGAUCAGACUAGAAAACUAACUACAAAGUAUAAUGUAACAAAAUAAGAUGUGGGAUAUAGAGAUGUAAGGUGGACUUUUCAUACUAAAAAAAUAAGUUUGCCAUUUAAAAUUGUCAUUUGUUAGAUUUAGCUGUAAGUAGGCAUGAAUGGUGCCACUUGUGAAAACUUGCUUUAAAGCAUUACAAUUUUUUUUCAUGCUUCCAUUCCUUUAUCUCUUUUAAAAUGUAUUAAGUGGAAAGUGAAGUUUAAUUUUAAUUUGCAAACACCACCUUGUAGAGUUUAACAAGCAAAUAGGUUACAUAUGACUUUAAGUAAGAAGUCUUCAAAAUGAAGUAAAGGAAAUGUAAAUGUUCUAUUACCUUAUGGAGAGACAGCAUGAGUGGUGUCAUUUAGUUAAUGAACAAAUAAAUUUAAUUUGUGACAUGUCCUUUCUUUUCUUUUCCCACUAUGGCCAUAAGAGAAUGACCCUCUUGUUUCAUCCAAAAACAAAGAAUUAGUUAAUUAGUUAACAGUUUUCUGAUAAAUAAAUAAAUGCUUAUCUAAGCAUUUCAAGCUACUUUAUUGCCAUUCUUUUGGUUCUAGUUAUUAGGCUGAUGAUUUAUUAUGGGACAAAUGAGAAGUCCAGGUGUAUAAGUUUCCGAUUGUUAAAAAGUCAGAUAAACUCACUUCUACUGAGCAAAGAAUCCUGCUCUGCCUCUCUUUGUGUUCAUGGACUUUGGUGUAUGUCACUUCAAAUGACAGCCUUGUACCCAUGUAAACACAUAAAGGUAGAUUGGGGUCUCCUGGUUACCAUUUACUUAAGAACAAAUGUCAGUAUACAGAUAUAUUCCAGGCAUAACUUUGAAAGAUUAUCAUCAGUGGAGACCUUCUUAGUACUGAUUUUACAACAGGGCCAGCUCUUAUAUUUCUGGGUAGAAUUAAUAUAUUUUUAAUGCCUUUGCAAUGGAGUUCUGUCUGCAAUUCCAAACCCAACACUGUUGUGGACACUUUCAGGCCAGGAACCCUUGUGUUUGAAUGAGUGAAUAUUACUUAUCACCAUGGGCUGUUUUCUUCCUUUCAUUGAAAGAAAAGUCUCUCUAAAAUAAUAGAAAUUUCAGACACUCUGUUCAAGUAGAUUUAAUAGAGGUGCAAAACUGUAGUUUGUGUCCGUUUGCAGACCCCCACCUCACCUCAUUCCUGGAUAGGUGGUACUUUGUGCAGAAGAAAAUGCUCCUGAGUCAUGGGCUGAAAAGACUCUAAGCCCCAGCUUAAUGGAGUUAUUCUCAUGCUUUUCCUUUUAAAAUAUUCAACAGUCAGCUUUCCAAGUGUGUGAUCCCUGGUUAGGGAUCACAGAAAAAUCCAUUCUCUCUAGACUUUAGAAGAAAACAGCAUCCCUACUAUUUUCCCAUUAGCACAACUGGCCCAGUUCUCUUCACUUUCUACAACCCUGGUUCAAAGUGUCCCUCCUAAUGCUGUUCUGCUCUUAAGCCAUAGUGGAUCAUUGAGGUCCCACACCCUACUUUUUGAAAUACUGACAGCCUUUGCCCUCAAUUGUCUGAUUUUUCCAUUGAAAACCCUAGCAAUUUGGACGUUGUUUAAAGUAUUUCUCAAAUAAAUUACUGUACAGAGGAUAUCUUACAACAUUUUAUGUUUUUCAGUGAAAAUUGAUGCAAUGUUUUUCUCUGUAGGAAUUUGAAAUGAGUUAGCUGUGUGAUCAAUCUUGAAACUCACAUGUAUGUAUGUGUAUACAUAACUUAGGUAGAGCUUAGAUUUAGUUUCUCCAUAAAAACUAUACAUAUAACUGAGAUGUUAUUUUACCAGAAAUUUAACUUAUUUACUUUAUUUGUCAUAUUUUAUUUCUGAUCACAAAUGUUUUACAGCUGCUGUGAUUUCUUUUUUCCAAAUGAAGGGUCUUAUGAUCAUAAAGUUAAAGGGUAUUCAGCUUUGAGAACCACCUGCAACUCUUUUUUGGACUGUUCAUACAUGUAACAAAUAUGUAAUGAGUGCAAUUUCACUAUAAUGAAUAUCCAUGCUAUCUAAUAGAAUGGUUCUUUCUCUACUUUUGCUCUUUAAGGACAUUUGUUCUUUUAACGCUCUAGUGAGUUUUCCCCAUAUAUAAAUAUAGGAAAACACAGUUUCAUACCUGUAGGCAAUAGUCUAACUUGUCCAAACCACUUUGCCUUUACUGCUAUUUUUACCCCUAACACGUAGAUUUGUGCCCCAGGCCUGUAGGCCUUUUGAAAGAAACAAAUCAUACCUCCUCUAAGUUGAUAUAAACCUGGUUUUCAAGUCUCAUUUCCAGAUUUGUUUUUAAGUUAGUGGGGGUUUUACCUUUUCCCUUAAUGUGAGAGUCAUUUUCCUGUAUAUUUCUGGAUCUCUCAGGGGUUGGGAGGGGGGAGUGAGGGGACUACAAGAGUAGCACUCCAAGAACCCUUUUGGAAUUACUUCAGUAAUCAACUAUGAGAGUUAUUUUCUAAAUGUAGAUAUGUAAUCUGUUCUUUUAAAGUAAGGUACUUUGAAAUAUGUAGCAUAAACUGGUACUGCUGUUAAUGGGUCGAUUAUUAACUGAGCAGCUGUGCAAGGGCAGCUAACUUUGAAUGCACAUCUCAGUGGCUGGUGUGUCUUCAUCUCAUUUUAUGAGCACCAGGGAUUGCAUUGCUGCAUGUUGAAAUUGCAUUUCCACAUGGUAGGACUGGUUCAUCUCUCUUUUGAGCAUCAAUAGAAAAGAUCAACUGAAAAUGAGGUCAACAUGCAAGACAAUUCAUAGCACAAAAAUCUAAGUCGCUUUAAAUCUUCUCUCAAACACUCAUCUCAUGCACACAUCAAAGUGGUUUACUAAGAUCAGCUUGGUUGAUAAAGGGGGACACUUUACCAAAAAGGCAGAGGCUUAAGGUGUUAUAUACAUUUGUAUUCGUUUCCUUUUUUUCUUGUGAACGGAAAACAUGCCUUCUCUCCUAUGAAGUCUCUUCAAAGGACAGGGGUGCAAGAAUACCUUUGUGGUAAGCCAUCAAUGUUUCAUUUAAACCCCAGCAUUCAAAGUUAGCUGCCUUUUUGAAAUAAACAAACAAAAAAUACUACUGUAUGUUUGAAAAAUGUGAAUAGUAUUUUUAUAGCUUGUUAAAGACAUGGCUAGUUGCAUUUGUAAAUAAGGAUAAUGUUGCUUUGAUUUUCUUUCUGGGGCAUCUUUAUUUGGAACAUAAUUGUCUUUAGGGUUGAUUUGUAUAUAAGUAAUCGGCUUGUGAUUGUUUCUUUUUUGGUUGGAAGUUAUCAUUUUGACAUUACUUGUGAUUCUGUGUUUAGCGCUAUUGUGACGUGUUCAACCUCUGCACUCGCUUACACAAUAGGAUAUGCCAAUUGUGUGUGGUGUGAUAUUAUUUUAAUUUUUUUUCUAUUUUAUCUAUGAAGGAUUAUGCACUUAACACAUACUAACUUUUUUAAUGUUAGGUAUAUUUUUAGUAUAAUUUCCCUUAUUCUUUCUUCUCCUACAACCCUUCACCCUAAUCUCCUUCCUUCCCUGAAUUUCUGUUUUUAUUUGAGAAUGAGGGAAAAACAGUAUUUUAAAUUUAUGUAAUUAGGCUUUUCGGCUAGUUCUCAAGGAUCCUCUUUUGGCUCUUGGGAAAUAAUUGUACCUGUACAAGGCAUUUACAGAAUGCGAACUGCUUUGCCUCAUUCCGUACUGAUCAUCCCAGCUGAACAAUUUGAAAACUGUUCUGCCUUUUUGUUACAUGAAUCUGUCAGAAAUAUAUUUUUAAUUUAAUAUAAAUGAAAUUCAAUAAAAUAUGAAACAAAUGUUGUCUUCUGUGUCAGAAAAUUUUUAUGAGAAAAAAAUCCAAUUGGGGAGGAGAAAAUUUUUCUGUAUUUAAUAACAUGAAAAUUUGAAAAUGAGAUUAUUUUUGCCUAUCUUUAUAAAUCUCGUUAGUUAUUCCUCAGAACCUUUUGCUUGUUUGGGGUAUCAUACUUUUUGUGUGUGUUGUCCAUCUAACACAUAUGCCUAUUGAUCUGUAUAGACCUACUCAUCUAUUCAGAUAUGUUUAUUUAACUGUGGUUAGUUUGUUUCUUAGGGAAUUAAAAAUAAAAUGUUUUAGGUUGUUUCCCAGUGA